UCAAAUCUUUAUUUGCUAUGAGUUUUCCGAAAAUUGCUUUAAAUCUUGGAUGAGACCCCUCCAGGCAGCUAAUAAUGGUGACAGGCUAGGAACAUGAUGAGGGGAGCUAAAGAGCUAGGGUCUUGCAAGAUCUCACUUUUUUGUUAAUAUACCACCUUGUUAUAAUUUUAUGGGUUAUCUUGACAAAAAAAUCUGCUGAAAAGUACCUUAUAUGGAUGUGGGAAAUCUCUGUGGCUUUGGGAUCAAGUUUACCUAGCUUCAUGUUUGAUUUUAGUAAUUCAAGAGUCAAGUUUCACAAUGCAAAGCUGAAAUUUUUCAUAUUUCUUCAGCAAAAUUCUUGUGUGUUUCCAAAAAUAUAAUGCUAGCUCAUUUUUAAAAUGAGCGAAAUGAGAAAAUUACAAGUAAGGAUUCUUUUUUAUUUAAUAAACUCUCUGAAAUAAUAAACCUCUUCGUCUUGAGAUUGGAUAACUUCUUAAAGGAAUCACAUGUGACCAUGUUGAGUUCACACUUCCCAGUAGUCAAAUUGGAGGAAUGACUUAACAACAGUUUAUCCCUCAAGAAAAGCCAAAUUAGGGUCUUUAACUAUAGCAGAUUUUCUUUGAUUUUCGUUUUGGCAUCUUGUGCCUAUUACAAUAGGUGCUUUUGGAAUAAGUUUGCAUUAUUUUCAUAAUCAGUCAAAUCCAUUUUGAAAAUCUUUGCAUUUUAUACAAGUUGAUGGUAAGUGUGAAAUCAUUUUUGUCAAACUUCAUCAUAU